GCAUAAGAAUCCAUGGAUUGGUCUGCGCGUUGAAGACUUUGAGAAAUCCUAUAUGGUCACAAUUACCCCAAAAAAGUUUGGACUGAAGACAAAUGUCAAACUUGCAGAAGUUAGCCAUAAUGUGACGCACCAAAAUCAACAAACACAUUUGGGCCAGUUUAUCAAUGUAUCUCCAACACUGAACAGCCUUGAGGCAAUAAAGACCAGAUCAGUAGCAAUGCAAGCCACAGUAGGUCAAGAAAACACUUUGGUCUUAGGAGAAUGUAGUGUUCCGACUGUUGAGAAACCAUGUUCUGAAGAGUCUGGCAGUGAGAGUAACUUGAGCCCUAUCAAAUACUUAGGGAUUCAGCCCAUCUUUAAGGAAUCCUUCACCGAAGAACCACACAUCUCAAACAUUCUCUCGGGUAUUUAUGAUUUUCCAGAAUCUAGAAGACUAUUUGAAGGAGCUAGUAAUGAAAGAAAAGAUGAUAAACGAAAAGGGGACCCAAUGCUGUAUGAUUGGGAGAUGCGGGAGCAGGAAAACCUUCAAGGUGAUGUUGAAAAGCUUCUGCUAAAGACAACCAAAAUUCUAGAGGAGGAGGAAUGUGUGCUCAAACAGGAAGAGGAGCUGGAGUUCCUCUUGCAGACUCAGGUGGAAGAGGAGCAAGAUGACAGUGACCUCGAAGAGAACAGCAUAGUGGUUGAUGUGAGCAGUGACCCAGGCAGUAUGAAGAGUGAUUCAGAUGUUAAGCUCACAAUGUCCUUGAAGGAGUUGUCGGACGCUGGAGUGAUUGGGUUGGAAGACUUUGUGUGGUCUGAAAUUGAGGAGCAGGAAUCUGAUUGUUGUUGCACUCAUUCGCGCUUGGCCUGUGAUACAGAAUGCAUGCAACAAGAAAGAGGAUUUUGCUCUCACUGUGGCUUUAACAUUGCUGGCUCAAGUCCAGGAGCACACUGGAGCCUACAUAACCCCAGCUUACACCAGGAGUUGAAGGAACUGUGUCAGAUUGAGGACCGAAUUUUCGAAGAGAGUUUAAAGUUAAGGGAGCAGUGCUGGUCUGAGGAAGAGAACAAAACAUUUCCAAACCAAACUUCAGCUGAAUCUAAUGGAGAAAGAUUGAACCCAAGUGAAGACCGAAUAAAAUUCUUGAGUGCGUUGGAGAGGGAAAGGAAGGAGGUUGAGAAGAUGGAGCAAAGUCUUGCCAGAGAAGAACAAAUGAAAAGCAGGAAUUUAAGGAAAUUGCUGCAUAAGUCUUCAAAGAGACAACAUGGUGGCCAAAAGAGUACAACAAAAGUAGCUGCUGCAAGUCGUAUGAUUUCUAAUUUAACAGCUAAUUUGAGGACUGAAUUGACAAAUCAAUCUGAAUCAGCGGAAACUAAUUUAGUGAUUAAGGACUUUAAACCUCCUGUGAACAGUGUUGACCCAGACUCCAAUUGUGUCCAAUGCAGCAAAGAUACGGCAAAUAAACAAGUGCCUCUAUAUAUAGAGGUCGCACCUAGCUCGGGGAACAAGAGAGACACCCAGCUGCAACAUUUCAAAAUUCAUUGUGGACGAGACCAGGUUCUUGUUGAAAAUAAAGCCCUUCUUGCUAAUGAAGAAUAUAGUUUAAUUAAUACAAAAGGUGACAAACUAUUAAUUUCCCAACAGUUGCCAACUGAAGGCUGUGUUGUACCAGACACCAGAGAAUUGCAAAUGUGUGACCAGAUAGAAAAAGUUGACUUGGAAGAAACCCAGGGAAAGAAUUGCGAUGAGACCAAUGGUCUGGUUAGCAUUACUGAAGAUUAUCUGGGACUGAACAGCUUUGCAGGUAAAGGUGCACUGCUGAAUCCAACAGAAAUGCACGAACCACAAAACAAUCCAUUAGAUUUUGAAGCUAAUAGUCUGCUAGAUAAAGAAGAGAAUCGUAUGAAGGAAGUUCAUUCCGCUGAGAGCAAAACCUUUGGAGGCAAUGAAAGAUUCACAGCUGAACGCAAUGACACAACACACCAAAUUAUAAAAACUAAACAAAAGCCAAAAGGUGAAGUGCAAACCAACUUGUCCCUGAAAGUAGAAAAGUUUCCAAUAUCCAGGUCUACUCAGCAAUCUUUCAGUGAAUGUUUUGUCGUAGAUGGAGAGAUUGGUACUGAAGACCAGCUAAGUGUUCCAGUACCUAAGCCAAGAGGAAGGAUUCGGCAAAAUGUGAUACAAUGUCAGAAAGAGACUAACCCAGCACAGCAUUUGAGAAAUUCCACUGAUUUAAGGAAGACUGAUGAUGAUGAUGAUCAUGAAUUGUCAGAAAUUGAUUUGGAAACUUGUCCAACUUCACAGGAGGUUAUAUAUCAAGAGACUAUCAGCAGUAAAACAGCAAAUGAGUUAGAUCUCAGUCUGUGGCCAGAGAACAGGUAUUGUGCAACAGAACUGAAGCCAGACCAUACCAGUAGAACUUCUAACAUAUCUGACUCAACAAACCUGCAGAUAAAUCAAGUAACUUGCAAAAAGGGUGAUCGUGUCACUGAAGUAACUUGUUUCAACGACUCUGUUCCAGAGAAUAUGAACUCUGUUGUUAAAAAUGGUGAAAUGUGUUUAGGUGAAAAUGACUCCAGGUUAGUUCUAAACCCCGCUCUGACUCAGGAAGGUGAACAUGAUGCAACUCAGACUCUCGUACCCAAUGAAGUAAAAUCAAGGACUGCAGCUGGCAACUGCAGCUUAACACUAGAGAUGAUCUGCAGAUCUGGGACAAUAUUGCAGCCCAGUGAAUCCAGGAAUGUUGUGAAUCAAAAGGAAUCCUUAAAUAUUAUAGAUGGUUCCCUUUCAGAUCACAUAAAUAACGAUGAGGAUUUUCACAAUGCAGAAGCAUGUUCUUCUGAAUUUAAAUCUGACUAUUUAAAUGUAAAAGAAUCUGGUACACGGAAUCCAUCUUUGGACACUCACAUUUUCCAAGCCUCCAUUAUGAAGGUCUCUAAUUAUAACACACCAAUUGUCCUAGACAUAGGUUCUGGUUUGUUGAAGGGUGGCUUUGCUGAUCAAGAACUACCAACUACCAUAUUUCCAACAGUAAUUGGACGACCCAAAUAUGAGGAUGUUUCGAGAGGGAGGUUUGAGAGAGAUUUUUAUGUAGGCAACGAUGCUCAGCACAUGCGUGGAGUCCUCUCCUUGUACUACCCCAUGAAACACGGAGUUGUGAACAACUGGGAUGAAAUGGAAAAGAUCUGGCAUCAUGCCUUCUACCAUCAGUUGCGCAUUGAACCAGAGGAACACCCAGUGUUGCUGACUGAGGCAGCCAUGAAUCCACACCAGAACCGAGAGAGAAUGGUUGAAAUCCUGUUUGAUUCCUUUAAUGUGCCUUUUUCCUAUGUGGCAAUGCAAGCUGUCUUAGCACUUUAUUCUUCUGGGAGAACCACAGGUGUAAUCUUGGACUCUGGAGAUGGAGUCACCCACACUGUGCCAGUAUAUGAAGGAUACAGCCUCCCUCAUGCUAUACAACGCUUAAAUCUGGCUGGUCGAGACCUCACUGAAUAUCUUAAAAAGUUAUUGAAAGAGAGGGGCUACUCAUUUAACACUUCAGCUGAGCAGGAAAUUGUCCGUGAAAUCAAGGAGAAGCACUGUUGUGUGGCUUUGGACUUUGAAGAGGAACUGAGCAAUUCUGAAAGAUUUGGAAACUGGAACUUACACUAUACACUACCGGAUGGUCAAAUCAUUGCUAUAGGCAAUGAGCGAUUCAGGGCUUCAGAGAUUUUGUUUAGACCAGAAAUUAUUGGAAAAGAUCACUAUGGAAUUCAUGAGAGUCUUCUUCGCUCUAUUAUUCGCUGCGAUAUAGACUUGAGGAAAACCUUUGUUGGAAACAUUAUUCUCUCAGGUGGAAAUACGAUGCUGACUGGUUUACCUGCUCGAAUACAAAAAGAAAUCCGUUCCACUGUACCUCUGAACCUGUCCACACAUGUGCAUGUGGCAAGCCCAGAAAAUCGGGACUUCACCGUGUGGAGUGGAGGAGCUGUCCUGGCAAGCUCACAUGCCUUUCAGAGCGCCUGGAUCAGCCGAGAGGAAUACAGCGAAUAUGGUUCUAACAUUGUUCAUAGGAAGUGUUUUUAAAUUAUUGAUGAACUUGUGGGGCAAUUUUUUUAUUGAUGUUCAAUGCAAUACUUGUUCAGUAUUAUUUUAAAGCAAUACUCCAGGAUUAUAUAUAAGGCUUGAAUUAUUUAAUUACUACACAGGAAUUCUUUUGUACUUUGAGUUGCUGGAAUUCUGAUCACAGCCAUUAUUUUUUCACCAAAUCCCUUCUUGCAGUGAGGCUGGAGUCCUGAGUCUUAAUAGUUCAGUACCUGGUGUAAGGGUCUUCCAUCCUUCCCCAGUUAAACUUCAUGGCCAAAUGUAAUUGCAUGAGAAUUGGUUACAGGGUCUGGACAAUGGGAAGAAAACAUUAACUAGGGUAUUCUGCUUCUAAUGCAACUAUGCAUCCCAUAGUUAAAUAUGAGAAUUAACUAAUUUGGGCUCAUGUGGAACCAUAAUCUCAGCAAGACUCCGUAACCUAAGGGAGAGAGGGAGUUCAUGCAACUUAAUAUUAUCGUCCUCGAAAGUUGCACAACACUAAUUAUGGAGGGAAUCCCCUCUGAAAAUAGGAUUGUUUUUAAUAAAUCCAAAUUGCAUUUUGAUUCCUCUAAGAACAGAUAUAAAACAAAACUAUCUGACUAUGUCAUUCAUUGCAAUGUUAGAGGAUGAAGAACAGUACUGUAUCUAAGUCCAGAGUAGGAAAUGGUAAAACCUGCUGACAACUAGUAGAGGGCUUGCAAGUGUGUUUUGAGGAAAUGCAUACUAUUCCCAGCUGUAAGUAAAGGUAAGGUUUGAAAAUUUUAGAAUAAGACCAUUGUAGAGCCUUAACUUCACAAGUUUCACCUAGUAAUGUUCGAUGCUUUAAGACUUUGUAAUGCACUUGUUUACUCUCUGGCAUAUUUCCAGCUGCCACUUUCUAUAAGAUUGAUGUAAAAGACUAGCCCAGUCUGUUUUGAGGGAAAAGCUGCUGUAAGUACUGCAGUGACUGCCGUGUUGGCAGCUAUUCUCUUGCUCCAAUCUACAUUCCUACAUCUGAACACGUGUUCCUCAGGAGAUGAUCAUGAUCAUGAAUGACUUAAAAUCAAACAUUGGACAAACUUCCAAGGAAUCUGUUUUGAAUCAGGAAUCUAUGUGGUACAUUGGCAUUAAGAUGUGUGAUUAUUCAGAUUAUGACAACCGCUAACACUUAUUAACACUUACUUACACUUGAAGCACAAGUGCAGGUAAGAUACGUAUAAAUUAUUAAUUUUAAAGUAUUUGUGAAGCUCUAUUUCAGCCCUCUAUUUUACUCCAUGGACAUUGUAAUGUUGGGUUACCAGCAGACAGGUGGAAUCCAAGGCAACUCAUUGAUUCACAAUGUAUAUUUCAGUGAGUUCAAUCUGUUUAGAGACAGGAGGUCAAUGUAAUCGAAGCAGAUGGUUCCAGAGAGAAUAAGGUUCACUAUAGUUUUUUUUAAUAGUUUUACUGUUUGAACUUGUGGACAUCAAAAUUAUCUUAGUACUAACUUAUAAAGUUGCUGUCCCUUUUUAUUUGUAUUUAAUUUAUUGUUUCACAGAUCACAAUUUUCUGUGUUCUUGUAGUAUUACACAUUUUUAUUAUUUGAGGAUGAAUCUAUUCUUGUUUACUGAAUCAAUGAGGAGCAUGAACUUUACUUUAAAUUUAAACUUUACAUAUAGAAUAUUGAUUUUAAAGUAUUUGCAUUCAUGAAGCUCUUCUGUACUGUACUCCAUACACAUUGCAGCAAAUGCCUGGGUUAUAUUACCUUUGCUUUAAAUUGUGAACUUUGAAAUUACUUUGAUAAAGCUGCAUUACUGUGCAAUUGACAAAUUCUAAAUAAAUAUUUUUAAAAACCAUGA